AAUUAAUUAAAUAAAUGUCUGAAAAAGCUUAACUCGCCAAAGAUGCAAUAAAGAGAAGACAAGGUGGAGGCAAGAGUCGUAAGAUAUUUUUAUUUACAUGAUUUAGCAUCAAAAACAACAGAAAAUGGAGGAUAAUCAGGAUUAAAUUUCUAUUCUGGAGAUGUCUCAUCUCUAAAAGUUCAACCAAACACCGUACUUAUAAUUAGUCUUGUAUAUUUGGGAAUCGUUGUGCUCUUACACAUAUUCAGCAAACUCAGAUCAGGAGGAGCAGAAGCUGCCCCUGAAGGACAGUGAUUCAUAUUAUAUGAUAUCAAAUAUCUACGCAUAUUUUUGUUU